GUAGAGAUGUAAGAUAGAGCUCCUGGCUAACUCGUCUGCAGCGACGCUGAAGUGUGUGUGUUGUGUCACGGAAGAAUCAGUCGGCGGUUAGACAGUUCAACAGUGAAAAGUGUUAACUGGAAAGGACAAAAUGGACAAAAAGGUGUACGUUCCUGAUCCGUCCGUUUCACGAAAGUCGCACAUCAGUUCCAUGAAACAGUAUGAGGAUAUGUACAAACAUUCGAUCGAUAAUCCCGAAGAAUUCUGGGGUGAAAUCGCGAAACAGUUUCACUGGGAAACUGAGCCGUCGAAGUUCCUCUCCUACAAUUUUGAUAUCACUAAGGGACCAAUCUCUAUUAAAUGGAUGGAAGGAGCUACAACAAACAUCUGUUAUAAUUUACUAGACCGCAACGUUAAAAAUGGGCAUGGGGAUAAAAUUGCCUUUUACUGGGAGGGGAAUGACCCUGAGGACUACAGCAGACUUACUUACAAGAAGCUGUUGGAGGAAGUGUGCAGGUUUGCCAAUGUUCUCAAGUCAAAAGGAGUCUCAAAAGGGGAUCGGGUAGCGAUCUAUAUGCCUAUGAUCCUUGAAGUGGUAAUUGCAAUGCUCGCUUGUUCCCGAAUUGGAGCUGUUCACACAAUUGUGUUUGCAGGAUUUUCAGCUGACUCCUUUGCUGAAAGAAUGCUGGAUGCAAAGUGCAAGGUGUUAAUAACAACCGAUGGAGUGUGGAGGGGGCCGAAGUUGAUCUGUCUGAAGGAAAUCUGUGAUGCAGCUAUGGAACGGUGCAAAAACCUGGGACAUGAAGUAAAGAAUUGCAUAAUUGUUGAACAUUUACCUAGACUGAGUGUUUCUCAAAACAGAAAUGGAACCACUAAGGAAAAUGGAGACACAUCACCCGAAAAGAAUAAGAUCCCAUGGACAGAAGGAAGAGAUUUCUGGUGGCAUGAGGAGAUGGAAGAUGCAUCCACAUCCUGUUAUCCUGUUUGGGUUGGAGCUGAAGACCCUCUUUUUAUGCUUUACACCAGUGGAUCCACUGGCAAGCCAAAAGGAGUUCUCCAUACAGUAGCUGGUUACUUACUGUAUGCUGCUACCACAUUUAAGUAUGUAUUCGACUAUCGACCUGGUGAUGUUUACUGGUGUACAGCUGAUGUUGGGUGGAUCACUGGCCACACGUAUGUUGUGUAUGGCCCACUUGCAAAUGGAGCGACAUCAGUAUUAUUUGAAGGCACUCCUUUCUACCCUGGUAACAGCAGAUAUUGGGAGGUAGUCGACAAAUAUAGAGUGAAUAAAUUCUACACGGCUCCUACGGCACUCAGAGCACUAAUGAAAUUUGGAGAUGGACCUGUAAAGAAGCACAGUUUGAGCACAUUACAAGUACUUGGAUCAGUAGGCGAACCCAUAAAUCCGGAGGCAUGGCUUUGGUACUACGUAGUUAUUGGACAUGAGAAGUGUUCCAUUGUAGACACGUACUGGCAAACAGAGACUGGAGGACACCUAUUAACACCCUUACCUGGAUGCACACCUAUGAAACCAGGCUCAGCGACAUUUCCCUUCUUUGGUGUAGUUCCUGUAUUACUGGAUGAGAAUGGUAAAGAAAUUCGUGGACCUGGAGAAGGGUAUUUGGCAUUCAAAAGACCAUGGCCUGGAAUAAUGAGGACCCUGUUUGGAAAUCAUGAGAGAUUCGAAACCACAUACUUCAAGAAAUUUCCUGGAUGUUACUGCACAGGAGAUGGCGCACGCAGAGAUGAAGAUGGCUACUUCUGGAUAACUGGUCGUGUUGAUGACAUGCUGAAUGUAUCAGGACAUUUGCUGAGCACUGCUGAAGUGGAAGCCACACUUUCAGCACAUCCGAAUGUAGCAGAGGCUGCUGUUGUUUCACACGGUCAUCCAAUCAAAGGAGAAUGCUUGUAUUGUUUUGUCACACCAAAUGAGGGUGUGAAGUUCUCAAAGGAACUGACAGAUGAACUUAAGAAGAAAGUUCGUGAAAAGAUUGGACCAUUUGCCACCCCAGAAGUAAUUCAGCAUGCUCCUGGUCUUCCUAAAACAAGAUCAGGUAAAAUAAUGAGAAGAAUACUCCGCAAGGUAGCUCAAAACGAUCGUAAUAUUGGAGACAUCUCUACAUUAGCCGAUGAAGGCAUCAUUGAGGUGUUGUUCCAAAACAGGAUAGAAAUUAAAGCUUAAA